AUCUAGAAGUAGGGCCCAGAAGCAGCAAGGUCCUGGGGAGCCUUCUCAAGAUGAGGAGUAAAUGAAGAUCUGGACAUGGAACAUGGAGAGAAUCCCUGACAGAGACCCAACACAGCCACUGAACCAGGAGGCUAUGAACGCACUUGGCCAAAACCCCGCCGAUGAUGGACUGAUGGUUACACAUGUUAACCAGACCCAGGACUUGCUGAGGCUACAGGGGCGUGACAUUUCGGCCUCGGCUUUGGAAGACUCAGAAGAUUGGCUUUCAACUCACAGUUUAAAGUCCGAAAAACUCACAUUAACUGAUCUGAUAAGCCAGGGCACAGCCGUGUUGGAAGAGCAUGGCAACUUCACGCAGAAAAUUCAUUUCUCCACCCAGACCAUCUGCCACUUUGAGUCAAAGCUUGCUGACACCAUUGAGCGCUACCAGCAGAGAAUGCGAUGGCUCACAGAGGACAGCAAGAAGGUGUUUGGCCUCAUCAAGGGAGCCAGGGUGGGCAUCCUCAUUGAUGUGUCUGCGGUCAGCAGUGGCCCUCAGACGGAGGAGUUCCAAACGGACCUUACGAGUCUCAUCGACGAGCAGCUAAGCCUCAAGGAGAAGCUGUAUGUCCUCUCUUUUGGUAUCACCGCCAAGCCCCUCUGGCCAGACCCUGUGGAAGUCAGCACCUCCACCCUCCAGGAACUCAAGCUCUGGGUAAAGAAAUUGCAGCCCGAGGGAGGCAGCAAUCUGCUUCAAGCCCUGAAGAAAGUUUUCACUGUAGAGGGACUGAAUUCUCUGGUGACCAUAAUGGGAAGCUGCCCCGAUCAACCUUCUGAAGUCCUCUGUGACUAUAUCCAGCAGUGUACCAUGGGAUGGGAUCUCUUCAUCCAUAUCAUCACCUACAAAUGUGACAAUGAUGUGCCCUCUGCUGUCCUGAAGAACCUGGCAGACACGCUUGGAGGCCGCUACCACUGUUACAGCCCAGAAUCGAAGCUCUGUACCAACAGGGAUGUGGACGAGCUCCUGGCAGAAAUCCAGAAGGCCCACAGCCUCCUCCACCAUGUACAAGCCCUGCGCCACAACAAUUCAUAUGAGGAGCUGGCCGGCGCCAUGAAGGAAAUUUCUACAGAGAUUGCAAAGGGGCCAUCCACAAGUCUCUUACCAAAACCCCCAAGGCAUGACGCUCCACUCACAAUUGAGUUCCCAAACUUGGACAAGACUUCCGCAGAAUGGCUUAAGACUAAUAGUCUAAAAGCUAAGAAGUUAAACCUAUAUCAGGUCCUGGCACCCAAUGCCUUCUCCCCUGUGGAAGAAUUUGUGCCUAUUCUCCAGAAAACAGUAUCCUCUACUGUCCAUGAGAGGGCGAUGGUACAAUUUGAAUGGCACGACGGUACAGUGAAGAACAUCCACGUGGACCCACCCUUCCUUUAUGAGUACCAGAAGCAGCUUGGGAGAGCAGUGCGGACGUAUGAGAGGCGCGUGGAGUGGCUCUCCCUGGCCAGCCGAAGAAUCUGGGGCACCGUCUGCGAAAAGAGGGUGGUUAUACUGCUGGAUGUCUCCGAGAGCAAUUCCAUGUACAUUAUUCAUAUCCAGCACGCCCUGAGGCUGCUGCUGGAGGAGCAGCUGUCCAACAAGGACUACUUCAACCUCAUCGCCUUUGGAAGCACGACAGAAAGCUGGAGGUCUGAGCUGGUCCCCGUGAGCCACGACCACUUACAGAGCGCCUGGAGGUGGGCCCUGGGCCUGAGGUGUCAAGGUAGCAGGAACGUCCUCAGUGCCCUGCGCAAGGCCAUGGAAGUGGACUUCAAGGAGAAAGACCAACACCAGUCGCAGGGCAUCUACCUUUUCACAGGGGGCAUCCCUGACCAGGAUGUGCCCACACUCAGUGCCUAUGUGGCCGAGGCCUGUGCGGGCUGUGACCUCCAGCUGAAUGUGUGUCUCUUCUAUGUGGGUGAGCCACGGGUGGACACCACGCCCCCUGCCUGCUAUGCCAGUCGCACUGACACAGCCACUGCCUACAGGGAGAUCGCCCAGGCUGCUGGUGGCCGCUUCCACUGGUUUGGAGACACAGGCAUUUAUGAGAGUGAUGACAUCAAAGUUAUCAUAUCUGAGAUAGAAAAGGCCCUCAACUACUCCCAAAAGUGUGCCCUCCUCGUGGCCUCCCUGAAGAACAACUCGAGAAAAGCACUGUCAAGUAUGGCCUUCCCGAAAGACAAGCCAAAGACGUUCAAGCACAGAGAACAGCCCCAGAGAUCCUGUCCUUCCGGGCCCACAGCCCCCUCGGUGACCAGAACGACCACUAAAGAUGACCCAGGCAGUGAGAAGAGCCUCCCACAGAAAGCUCUGAAGUGGCAUCCCCUCAGUGGCAGAGCUGGUCUUUCUCAAGCUGCAGCCCAGCCAAGGAAAGAAAGGACGGUGGUUCAGAGGAAGCCAAGCAAGCCCAGGGCAGGAGAGGCUGUCCUCUCCCUGUUCUACACAGACUCAGGGAAUAACGUGGGCUCUGUGUACAAGAAGUACCCUCAAGGAAGGUGUGCGAGAAGGACCCGUUCGUCUGUUGAGCUGCCCGGGAAGGACAUGCUCUGCUCAAGUCAAGAGUGGGUGGCGAAUUAUGGGCUGAAGAAACUGAAGAUGGAGAUUUCCAGGUGCCUCGGCCCCAACUGUAGACAUCGAAAGUCAGCGUGGCCCAAAUCCUGCAGUGUUGUCCCCAGCAUAGAGAUCAAUGGUGUGGUGAGACACAUUCGGUGGACCCUGCAGGAAAUGGAGGCAUACAUCACGUGCAUGGAGAAGGUGAUGCGGCGCUACGUGCAGAGGCUGCAGUGGCUGCUGUCUGGGAGCCGCCGACUGUUUGGCUCCAUCUUGGAGAGCAAAGUGUGCAUCUUGCUGGACACAUCAGGGUCCAUAGGCCCCUACCUGCAACAGCUGAAAACGGACCUGGUUCUGCUGAUCUGGGAGCAGCUGAGGAUGCACUGUGACAGCUUUAACCUGCUCAGCUUUGCAGGGGGCCUGCAGCCAUGGCGCGACACUCUGGUGGAUUCCACAGAUGCAGCAUGUCACGAGGCUCUGCAGUGGGUGACCCGCCUGCAAGCUCAGGGAAGCACCUCGGUCUUCUCAGCAUUACUGAAAGCCUUCAGCUUUCACGACGUGCAGGGACUGUACCUCCUGACUGACGGAAAGCCAGACACAAGCUGCAGCCUUGUUCUCAGUGCUGUCCAAAGGCUUUGCAAGGAUCGAGAUGUGAAGGUGCAUACCAUCUCCCUGAACUGCACAGACAGAGCUGCAGUAGAGUUCCUGAGGAAGCUGGCUUCCCUCACUGGUGGGCGCUACCACUGCCCUGUGGAUGAGGACACGCUCAGUGGCAUUUGUAGCCUGCUCACUCGAGGCUUCAUUGAGGAAAGGGAUCCCACAUUGCCACUGUUUGAAGGAGAUGACUUAAGGACACUGGCCCAGGAGAUCAACAAAGCUAGAAGCUUCCUUGAGCAAGCCCAGGCUGUCAGAUCCCAUCUGCAGAAGAAAAACAACACGGAACCAAACGUCACUCUUUGCUAGACAAGUGUUCUCAGCAAGCACACCGCUACAGUCCAGCUGCAAGACUGUCACUGACCGGGAAGCUCUGCAUUAAGCCCCCUGCCUGGAUGUCCACCUUGCACCCCUGCCUGGUGACUUCUGCUCAUCCAUCGAGGCACAGCUCCACUGUGAAGAUGUCCCUGUGACGCAUUCAGAGCUAAAAACCUCCAGACAGAUCUGGAAGCUUCUAGCCUUCCUCUGGUAGCAUCCUGACCAACCAUGUCACAACACUCAGCUCAAUUUCCUAACUCCUCCCGAUGGUGGCUCCCCACGGAGGCUGCUCUCCUAACGCCUCAUGGGUCUCAGAACCUGCCACCUGGAAGACACGUGGAAAUCAGUGAACACCCUUUGGAAUGUGAGAGCCUAAGGAGAGCAGCCAGAAGAGGUUAUUUUUCUGGGGUCUUUCUUAUGCCUCCCACCACCACCUUGGUGCAUGCCAAGGCAGUCACUGACAGCCCAGCUUGGGACAAGAAACCGCCAGUCUCAUCAUGGCUCCCCCCUCUGCUACAGACUGAUGGAAGCCUACCCCAGGGCCCAGCCCAGAGAGAAGCCUUUGACCCAGCUGCAUUGUGUGCACAUG